CAUAGACUCAGACACAAGAAAACAUCGCAAAGAUAAAAUUGUUUUAAAACGUAAACAUAAAGUUAGAGCUGGUGAUUUUUCUCGAAGUUCAAGUAGUGUUAAGUUUUUUUGGUGCUCUUUUGUCGAUAAAGCUGAACCAUGGGUGAACGAAAGGGUCAGAAUCAUUACUACCCGCCGGACUACGAUCCGAAGGUGGGUAGCUUGAACAAAUGGCAGGGAACACACGCUCUAAGGGAGCGUGCCCGCAAAAUCCACCUGGGUAUCAUCAUUAUCCGCUUCGAGAUGCCCUACAAUAUUUGGUGCGAUGGCUGCAAGAAUCACAUCGGUAUGGGCGUUCGGUAUAAUGCGGAAAAAACGAAAAUAGGAAUGUACUAUUCUACACCAGUUUACCAAUUCCGGAUGAAGUGUCAUCUUUGCGAUAACCAUUUUGAAAUUAAGACUGAUCCGGCCAAUUUAGACUAUGUAAUAGUAUCAGGAGCACGACGACAAGAGAAUCGCUGGGAUCCAACACAAAAUGAGCAGAUUGUACCGGAAACAAAGGAGGUUCAGAAAAAGCUUUUUGACGAUGCUAUGUACAAGUUGGAGCAUGGAGCAAAGGAUGUGAAAGCAGGAGAAGAUGCGAAACCUAUUUUAGGAAUGCUCUACCAAAGAAAUACCAGUGUGUGGAAGGACAACUUCGAGGCAAAUAGUCGACUUAGGGCAGAGUUCAGGGCCACCAAGAAACAAAUCAAGCAGCAAGACGACAGAGAUAAGGCUUUACUGGCUAAAUCUAGUCUGGACAUCUCGCUUCUUCCUGAGAGUGACUCGGAUCGAAAGAUGGCUGCCUUGAUGAGGCUGCAUUCGGCUAAAUCUAUUGCAGAAAAGGAUCGAGAGCGAAGGGAUGCUAUCCUCACCAGACCAGCCUUGCCUUCAACAUCAACGGGUGAAUGUUCCAAAAAGAUGAAAAUCGUCAGCGCAAAGUUGGAACCCAAAAGUUUGGGAAUCGUCAAACGGCCAUCAUCGGCAUCGUCUGUGUUGGCAUUAAUGCCUAAGCGAAAGGAUGCUGUGGCAAAUGAAACCGUUGAUGCGAAGAAACCUAAAUUGUUACUUUGUAAUUAUAGUUCCGGAUCUAGUGACAGUGAUUGAAGUAAAUCGAGUUAGUUUUUACUUGA